GGGGAAAGAGGCCGAUGACGUCCAGUUUAGAAGCCGAGAUGCAGAUGUUAAUGCCUGAACCUCAGGUUUUUGUGGAAAGAACUCUAGCUGUCAUCAAACCAGAUGUUGUUCAUAAAGGAGAAGAAAUAGAGGAUGUCAUUCUCAGGUCGGGGUUCAUGAUCCUUCAGAAACGGAAGCUGCAGUUAAGCCCGGAGCAAUGUAGCAACUUUUAUGCAGACCAAUAUGGAAAAAUGUUUUUUCCUAAUUUAACAGCCUAUAUGAGUUCUGGACCAAUAGUCGCUAUGGUUCUUGCCAGGUAUCGUGCAGUCUCAUACUGGAAAGAACUGCUUGGACCAUCAAACAGCAUAAGAGCUAAGAUAACGCACCCUCACAGCUUGAGAGCAAUCUAUGGGACCGAUGACCUGAGGAAUGGGCUUCAUGGCAGUCGCAGCAUUUCCACAGCAGAAAGAGAAAUCAGAUUCAUGUUUCCAGAAGUGAUUGUGGAGCCAGUUCCAACUGGACAGAGAGCCAGGGAUUACUUGAACUUGUAUGUAAAGCCCACAUUACUAGCUGGGCUCACUGCACUGUGUAAAGAGAAGCCAGCAGACCCAAUGAUCUGGCUUGCUGACUGGCUUAUUGAACACAAUCCUAACAAACCCAGGCUACAGCAUCAUGGCACUGAGAAGCAGCAUCAGGGGUGAGAGCUCAGUGGAAACCACCUUAAGCAUUCCAAGUUCCAGAUCUAUGUUAUAAUUUUCAGUGUACCCCUUGGCUAUGUAAUCAAUAUUAUCUGAAGUUAAUGUUACUGUCAUAACUACUCAUGUCUCUAUGGAAUAAAUAACCUUGCGCUUAA